GCUCAUACAUGGAGAACGAACCCCCGCCUGAGAGAGAGGGGCCGAACGAGCAGCGCCCCUCGGGCUGGGCAAGAGCCAAGGAGGGUGUAAAGCGACUGCUCAACCGGAAGUCUUCCGCCGACGUGUCUGAUCCUGCUGAUCAGCAAGCAGCGCAAUCGAGGGCCAACACCAAUGAUGUGACGCCACCACAGCCCGCCGGAGAGCUCGCUGACAGCUACCCAGAUUGCACAGGUAAGGAAGCGGUCUACAGAAGGCUGUGCACCCAUACGUGUCUUUCUCUUUCUGCUCUCAACCUCAGAGACUCUCGAGGAGCUGGUCGAUGAGGAUGCACUGAGACACAUGAUGGUCGAAAUUCAAAUUGAGGCAGAGACAGAGAAACAGGAUGACCAGCCGUCAGAACCGAUACCAAGAGGCAUCAUCAAGCCAAAGGAUGCGCCAGUCAGCAGGUCACCCAACGUGCGCUUUUCGGUCGGACAGAACGAAACACCCGCGGCUGCGAAUGAGCGGGACACGGUAUCGUCUCCUUCACUUGAACACUCUCUUGCAAGACCUUCUAUACAAGUACGUGGGGAGGAAAGCUGCAGUCCGUCGAUACAAGUGUGUCUGCUCGUGUGCGUCCAGCCUGCUCAUUCGGCAGCGCCAGCCUCCCUUCCGCGCCACCAGCGGCGACCAUCCUUUGUGUCCCCACCGUCGACUGGGAGGACCAUCCCCUCCAGUCCGGCAUUUUUCCUUGGCGACGACGAUGCAUCAAGACCUCACAAAGGAUCGGUUCAACAGUGGGACUCCGGCAACGCCGUAUGCGCAUCAGACUGAGGGAAAGCAAGAGCUGACACUUUGGCUGCCUCUGUGUGUCUUUGUGGGUCCAGGAACCCAAGAAGGUCAUUCCGGGGGAUGAGAAGCCCCAUGCUGGUGGCAUGUGUGUAUCUGCGAGGCCGUCCGUGCACCCCCACCAUCCGUCGGAGAGCACCUCUGCCUUUCAGGAUGUGGGCUCGGAUUCAAGGCCAUCAGGGGCAGCCAUGCAGCCCAUCAGCAUGCAGGCAUCCACAGACAUGCAGGGACAGGGGGAAGGACACGUUCGUGUGUCCCUUCCACCGGCUGGGAUGUCACGGGAAGGUGCCAAGCGGAUGCUGUACAACCUGCUGGGACGCGCAUACGGAGGAGAUGUGAGGCAGGCACAAUUCCCUGAGAAAUAGACCCCCAACUUCACUGUGUCUCCCUGUGUGUCAGUGUGGCAAGAUGAUGGAGGACAUGAGGCAGCUCAUGCCAACCAAGGAACAGCCGCCACGAGAACGAAAGUAGAACAGGGAAACAACCAGCUGUACGGCGAACGCUUCAUUGCUCACCCACUGUCCUGCCUGUUUCCGCCUUUUGCAGGUGGCGCUCCGGUCACGUCCUCGUGUGCGGCAUCCCCAGCGACCUGCGUGCUUUCAUGGAGGGCCUAGGACGGAGACGCGAUAAGGAUGUCGUCAUCCUCGAUCCCACACUGAAGCACUUGGACAGGUGGUGCAGGCACUAAAGGAUGGCCUAUGCACGUGGCUCAUUUUGGCUGCAUUGCGAUUCAGACGCCGUUCCGCUACAGCCUUUGAUGUGGCAGAAGCGACAUCCUUCGCCGACCCUGUUACUGUCCGUGUCCUGUCGAAACUGAAGAAACUCUCUCAAAACGAUCGGAAACGGUGAGGGAGACGCCAUACAAGGUGACGCGGCAAGUAUCACCACUUCUCCUUAUGUCAUGUCCAGGAUAUGGCUAAAGGGCGGCACACCGAUGAGCAAGAAGGAUCUGCUCGAGGCUGGCGUGCGCACGGCUGAAGCGGUGGUCGUGCUGCCGUCACACGCCACAUGCUGUGACGAUGUACAGAUGUUCCUCAGGUACAUAAUUCAUUGCUUGACACACAUACAAACGUCUAUUACGUACUAUCAGGCGUUUCGCUUCGGCCGAUCGCAAGACACAGAUCAAAAUGCAGCAGGUGCGUGAAUGACAAGUAAAGCCAAAGAAUGACCCAGAAAGUCUGUCCCGGCUGCAUGGUUGCAGACAGUCGAUACCAACACGAUCAUGAAGGCGUAUCUGAUCCGGGCUGAGGCGGCAGUGUCCGAUUAUCUUAAGGGCGAGACGACCUUCAUCGCCAGCCAGCUGCUACAGGGACAGGUGGGUGCCAUGCCCAACACCAAUCCAACGUAUGACACAUGCAGCUCUUUGUGUAUCUGCAGAAUGUUAAAUACUUUCAUGGUGCUUUGGAUGACCGGUACAAGCAGCGGACGAGUCGAGAGCAUAACAGAUGGCUCGACACAGCGCCGCUCACCUUCUCCAGGUCACCGAGUGAGCAUGCCAUGUUCACAAUCCCAUGUCUCCCCCAUACAUAAGCAGGCUGUUCGCGAGCGGCAAGUCGUUGUCGUGCACCAUGGUGGAUCGCAUCGUCAUAGAGUCUUUUUUCAUCCCCAAAAUUUCCAGUGUACUCUACAGCAUGAUCUACGGCGAUGAGGACGGAUCGCACCUGUUCCAGCUGGCACACAUCCCCGACACCUACAUAGGCAGACCGUACAAGAAUCUUGCCGAAGAUUUGAUGCGCAAAGGGGUAGGUCUGCACGUAUGCGCGUGUACAUGCCGAGGAAGAAAGGCUCUGACACGUUCUCUGCGUAGUUGCUGGUCAUAGGACUGUAUCGUAUGCCCGACGAGACCCCCGGCGAUGAUCCAGACCUAGAUGUCUCAUCGGAUCCCGGCAUGUCCCACCCUCCGGCAAACGACGCAACCCCACGGUCACCCCCGCGGUCUCCCGAUACACACCACCAGCAUCAGACCUCGUCUACACCAGCCAGUAGUCACAAGAUGGCGGCCACACGAUCGUCGUUGUCGGGCUAUCUACAAGGUGCUGGUCGAGCGAGCAUCAAGAGGAUAGCGAAGAGCAUCCAGGUGGUCACCAGGAGCAGACGGUCCGCACUAGCCGUACCCGACCACAUAAAGAUGGCCCUGGCGAGCAAGAGGUGCGUCAAGAAGCGGGGCGGUGUGUGAUUCUGUCCGGCAGUGCUCAUUAUGUCUCCUCUCGCUGCACUCAGAUAUCUAGACAAGAUGCCCUACGUGAUGACCAAUCCACCUCUCAACGAACUGAUUGAGGAGCGAGACCGUGUCUUCGUCAUCGGGCGCGCUCCCGACGAUGACGACAUGGAAGAUGCCAUAUGGGCUGCUGGCAACAUUAGCAGCAUUGCAAGCGUACGAAGCAAGAGGCGGGGCUUGCCACUGGUUCUGAAGCCACCUUCACUGUGUCUCUGUUGUGUUCAGCUGCCUUGUAUUGAUCGCAGCUCUCACAGCGCCCCUGAUUUCUCACCUUGUGUUGGUGCCGCCGCGACCCACGACCCCUCGCAACAGGCCACAUGGAGGUGAAUGAAUGCAUGUCAAUGCUGGCAGUAUGUCUAUCCAUUCUCUCCCACAUCUCUCUCAUUCAUUGCAGACGCUCCUCGGCCAGCCUGCGUCGGCCGCCGCGCAAGUCCAGCCGACACUUUGCCGGGAUACGUGGAGGGUUCCGAGUGUCUGUCCUGCACUCGUCGCUGAGCCAGUCGACACAGACCAAGGAUAGGGAGAGCAUCAGCAUAUCGAAGAGACGGUCCAGACUGCGGUCAGGUGUGAGGGGCAGAGACGGGAGGGAUGAUAAACACAUGAGCUCUGCUGAGGGUGAGGACCUGACCCCCCCGCCUCGGCCCCUCAACUCACUGAUGACGGCGCUAUUUGGGAAAAGAGGUUCCGGCGCGGACAAUGAAGCGGAGUAGACAGACAGGCUGAUGUAGACGCGCAUGCGUGGUCGGUGGGUUGACAUGUGUCACUUCUGUGGAUUUGUAUCCGCCAGUUUUGAUUUUGCUCAGCAUCCUAUCCAUUGGGUGAUGACGCGUGACAGCGUUCGUUCUGUUCACUCACUCAUGCAGCACCACAGUAAUGCAGAC